UCUCCCGUUGCGACGCACGGACUCUUUUGCUAGUAAAAUUCAAUUCCCCAGCACUGAGUUCCGCCGGCGAUCGUAAAGGCCCGGGAAGUUCCGUCCUCUCUCUUGCUGACCGCGCCGGCCCGACCCUCGCUAGGUCAGCAAUGCCGCAAGCCGCCACCCAAGAGGGAGAGGCGUCGGGGUCCGGACCAACCCUCGUGCUCCGCCGCGGCCGGAGCUCCACCGUCUCAGCAACACCCACGACGACCACCCGGUCGAUGGCCCUGGUGCGUGCGCGGCGGAAGCCCCCGGGCUCCCAAUCGCCACAGGAACCACCCGUGCGGUCCCCGACAAGUAAGAGAAAGAGGGGGGCGGCUGCCAACCAGGAAUCGAAGGAACGGACAAGGACCAGGGAUGAGGAGGAGGAGGAGGAAGAGGAUGGGGUCUCAUCUGCAGGCAGCUCCCCAAUUCGCGCGCCGCAGAUUCCGGAUGCGUUAUAUGAAGAUCUGGAUAUGCUUAAGGCCAUUCAAGAUAUACACGAUGCAUACGAUGAAAAAUUAGGUCGCCAAAUGGAACUGCCGACUCUUUAUCUGCACACGUGUAAACCGCCCACAUGCUUGAGUACUAAUCCUAAGCUUCUUCGUGUCCGCGAAUCCACAACAAAGACAGUGCUUGCUGCUGCUCCAUCAGUUAUUGGACUUUCAUCUUCUGUUGGUCGUCAUUCGCUAACACGAUGCUCUGGAUUUUGGGUUGAUUGGGAUGAGGAGAACAAAAAAGGUACUGUUUUGACUACUGCACAUCUGAUUCGCACGAAGUCCCCAUCCUCAAAUGACUGGCUAGGUAAAGAUGAGUAUGCUCCCAAGGCCAAGGUUUUUGUUCACUUUCGGGAUGCCACUACUGAGAAGGCCACCAUGCUGUACUACGAGAAGCACUACAAUCUUGCUAUGUUUGAGGUUAGAGUAGAUGAACCUGUCCAGUUGCUCUCCUUCAAUGAUGACGUGAAAAGUGCUGAAGAAGUGUUUGAACUCGGAAGAGAUGAAAGUUCAUUUCUAACGAUAGGUCAUGGUAUGGUGCAAUAUCUGAAUCCCAACCUGCUUGAACGGCAUCACUAUCUGUAUGUUCAUGGCACAGAUGAGCAUCCUAAGUAUGACAAUGGAGGGCCAGUUAUUGACUUUGAUGGCAAGAUUGUGGGAAUGCUAUACAUGUAUGUGUCGCUUUUGCAUGCAUGCAUGAGCAUACAUUGUGGAUUGCGCAAAAGAGGUACCGAGAACAAGCAAAUACUGCGCAUGUCUCGACCCCACCUUGGAUUGAAGUUUUCUGCAAUCAAGCUUUUAGAUCCUCCUCUUAUCGAGCAAAUAUUGGUCAAGUGUAGCAUUGAUAGUGGUCUUAUUGUUCAAGAGGUGUCCGAAGGAUCUCCCGCUGAGAAACUUGGAUUUCGAGUGGGUGAUGUCAUUGAAUGCUUAAAUGGAAAACACGUCUCUACCACCGUUGAGCUAGAGAACAUGUUGCUGAGUAAGUAUGUGGAAGGAUCAAGUGGCCUUAAUUCUGAGGUGGAUAUUGAGGUUUGGGUAUUUCAUAUGCGCAGAAGUCUUUGGAGAAGUAAAACAUUAACUGUAAAAGUAUCUGAUGACGCAGAAGUCAUUGUGAGAGGAGGUUACCAUCCUUUUGGACAAAAGACUUGAUCCGUGUAACUUGAGCAAGCGAGCGAGUCCAGGAAGACAUCACAAUCAAUAGUGCAGGUGAUUACCCAGCUUCUUGGCUGUCAGGACGUAUGUGGCAGUGGGUGGCUGUCAGGAUGUAUGAAAGCCACGCAAUUGCAGGCAUAAAAAACAUGAUACACCAUCGACGUACUCUCUGCCAGGAACAAGUUUUUUCAGCUCGAUAUGGUGUCCGCCUCCCCGGUUGGUCAAGUCGUUGGCAUCACUUGUGCCUACUUCUGUCUCGAAUAUUUUCCCUUGCAAACUGAAUUCAAAUGAGAUUGGGAGACAA